AUGCUGAAGAAAUUCUGUAUACUCUUAUCGCUGCUGGUUCUAUCAAGAGGGCAAAAACAAAGAUGCGACCAGACGCCACCACAAGCGACUGUAAUUACUCCAUCAGACAACAUGGGCAUCUAUCGUAUGAGUAUCAGCACCAAAGGGAAUGACACCAACAUCUACCGACCGGAUCAGACAUACGUUUUGAAAUUAACAACAAACAACGCGACGCGUCCUUUUCGAUGGUUCAUGAUAACGGUAGAGGAUCCAGAGAUGGAUAAUAAUCCUGAGUAUGAUCCGAAAUUGGUGGAUGUCGGCAGCCUCAAAACUAUUGACACGAACAAGCAGUCCCGAUAUAGUGAGAGAUGUUAUAAUUCUGUAGAAAAUACUGAUAACUCUGAUAAAUAUAAAGUUGAGAUUCAUUGGGUAUCACCAAAGCAAAAUGCACGUAGACAGAAAGUUAGACUUCGCGCUAUGGUGGCUGAGAAUAAAGAAGUAUGGCACGUAGGAGAAAACCUUACUAUCACCUUAGAGAAGGAUGAUCGUCGACCCCUGGAUAGCCCUCCCUAUCCUCCCGAACCAAAUUGUAAUUUGUGCAGUGAGGCACAAUAUGAGGUUAUUUUCAACGGACGCUGGUCGAGAAUGACUCAUCCACGCUACUACCCAAGCAAGCCAGAUGACAAUGGUUAUAGUCAUUUAGUGGGAGCCUCCCAUUCUUUUUCUCACACAAUUUGGCAACCUGCAGAUCAAGCGUCGCCUGGACUCCAAAAAUUGGCAGAGGAAGCGGAUAUAAGUUUAAUAGAAAGGGAAAUUAUUGAUUCUAUGUCGCCUCUAAACGGUACAAGGACCUUGAUAAUAGGGAAACGUCGUUUUCACCCAAACAUGGGUGAACCAUCACAUUCUUUAUUUCGUGUCGAUAAUGUUCACCACCUAUUCUCAUUGGUAGUAGCAAUAAAGCCGUCUCCAGAUUGGUUCCUGGGAGCAUACAAAUUUGAACUUUGCACUAACGUUGGAUGGUUGAAGGAAUCUGAGAUUCCACUCUUUCCGUGGGAUGCGGGAACUAUGGAUGGAGUCUCUUAUGAGUCUGUCCCAUCGAUAACUCAGCCGCGUGAUGUCGUGAGUCGCGUGGCUGUGGGGUCAUUCAACAAGGAGUCGCCCUUCUACCAAAUGAAUCUUAACGAGAUGAAACCUUUCGCCUUGUUACAAGUCAGACUUUUGAACGUCUUUCCUUUAGUUGGGGCUGAAUGUUCUCAAGAAGAUUCAGUUUUCACAUGCUCUGAAGUGCAAAAUGAUCUACAGGAAGAACAGAGAGAGAAUCCAAAGGAAAAAGAAGAUGAAAAAGAGGAGCCAAUGAUAUCAGAAUUAAAAAUAGCAGAAGAGUGCAUCUCGAGUGAGUGGGGGGAGUGUCUUUUAAAUACCGUUUAG